UGCACUGAGUAACAACCUUAUUAGCCUUUAAAAAAAUAAAAACAUUCCACUAUAAGAUAAAAGUUUCUUUCAAUCACUAGACUGUAGUUAUAGGUACACCUAUGAUGGAUAACCUCUGAUCCGUUUGCUCACAACUCGAACGAAUGAAAGUCACGACAUGCGGAAAUCCCGUUGCAUAAUUAUUUCUUUGGCUACUAUGCGUCACUACAGUAUAGCCUUUAGCCUGUUAUAGUAUACAAUAACAUUUAGCCUUUAAAUGAUGGAUAGAUACAGUGCGUUGUUGUCAGUGGCGGGCGACCUUUGGCCCACCGCGCUCAUCGUUUAAAAGCACAGUGCACAUGUGUCGGGCUCGCAGUCUAAUGUUCGAGUGUCAGUCGUAACUGCGAAACUCGCGAGCCUUUGUGGCGAUAUCAAAUUGUUCGUAUAUAGCUGAUUUCCUUAGAUCAGCCACUCACCCGUCACGGCGAUGAUGUGGUCGACAGGCGCGUGCCUGUGCGUGGUCCUGCUCCUGCAGCAGGGGCCGGCGGUAGACACCAGUUUCUGGGACACCAUUCCGGUGGUGUCGCAGGUGAAAUCGGCCGUACAGGCGAUUGCCGGCGACUCCGAGGCGGCGCGGCAGACGCAGAUCAACUUCGCCAACCAGAUGCCAGUGGUGUCGCAGAUCAAGUCAGCCGUGGAGGCGGCCACCGGCGACGAGGAGGCGGCGCGGCGCACACAGAUCCACUUUUUGAAAAACGCCGAAACGCUGGUGGACGGCACGCCGGUAGUCGGCCACAUCAAGGGCGGCAUACACAUGAUCGCCGGCGACAAGGAACGCGGGCUGGACAUCAUCCGGGGCGCGACUAGCACCACCGGCGCCGUGGUCGGCGGUGUACUGGGCGGACCGGCGGGUGCGGUCGCCGGCGGCCUGGCCACGGACGUGAUUAUAACGAACAUCGACACAGCAGUCGCGGCUGCCAACGACGACGAUCCGCAAAUCAAGCCCUACGGCAUGGUUGACUAUCUGAUGAACAUCGAGAAGAAGUCUGUCGGCGAACACUUUGACGUGAUCACGGGCGUGGGCGCUGACGUGGCCGGUGGCAUGGUGGCGAAAAAAAGUAGCGGCAAGUCACCGUCUGCCGCUACGAAACCUCAGUACAAGCCGCUGCGAACGGCAGGCGACGAUCCGACGCCCACGUUUGGCGCUGGUGAAGGCAGCCGAACGCGGCCGGGCGUGACCACCAUCGUCAGGGAUGGCGUAGAGGUGCACGCGGACCGGGUAGUGGUUAAGGACGGCGUGGAGAUAAACAAGUUCGAGCUGGAGGUGGACCGGCCUUCGCGGUUCCUGGACGACGCAGCCGAGUACGAGGCGCUACGGCCUAAGCCCGGUGACAAGCCGUUCAUGUCAAUCGCGGUCGACUUGGACAGUCCGAUGGUGGAGCGGAACCUGCACCCGGCACAGUUCGACAAGACGGCGUUGGAAGUGUCGCGUCUGGCGGGCGGCGGCGACGGCCGGCGGUGGUUCACACCGUUGACCGGCCUGGACGUCAAGUACCUGGACCGGGUCCGUCAAACAGACUUCCGCGUCAUCAACGACGUGGGCGGCACGACAAACUGCUACUUCUGCACGGCGGCCGCGUUCAAGGGUUGCUCGGUGAGCACUCUGACGACAGCAUACCGCAUCAAGCCCAUGAGCGUCUGGAACGCCGCGUCCGUGGCCACCAUGGUGGACGUGUUUAAGCGGAUCGGGCUGUCGGGCACCACGUUCCGCCAGUUCACUGAUCGCACAGCCCUGAUGGGCCACCUGGACGCGGCCAUCGCCCCGGGAAGUAAGGCCUCGUACGGGCUGGCCUACGUCCACGCCGAUGGUGGUCACGUAGUCUCGCUGCGGGCGUGGAAGGAUUCGGCGCCGAACUCGCCCGUCAGAACUCUUAUCGCGGACUACCAGGCGCCGCUGCCCGGCCGACCGUUUUCAGACCGGUUCAAAGUGACCGUGCCUGUGUCCGACAAUUACUUCCUGUUCACGUUCGAAAAGGAAUACUUCAACACGGAACCGUUCAAUGGUAAGAAACUCAACGGCGACAACAGCAUCAAACGGUUGGCGACAAGCGACAUCGAGAGCCCGGACGUCGCGAAGCGCAAACUCGAAGCUUAGGCCAUGGUGGGUUUACGUCUAGUCAAUAACGUCAACGCGUUGAUCGGGGAUUCCUAUAUAUGUGUAAUUUUACGAAAUGUCGUCUGUCAGGCUGUCACUAUUAUGGCCGUGGAAAAAUUAACCUAAAUUAAGGCUUGUACCUAUAUUUUUUUACAUAUGAAAAUUUAUACAGAUAUCAGUUAGGUUAAGGUUUUUGAAGUAUACUUACCUAUAGUACAAAAAAAUGAGAUUUAAGUACAUAAAUAUUAAAUACACCUAACUAUUAAAACAUUUUAAAUUGCUGUUUAUUAUUUUGAUAAAUUGUCCAAAAAAUUACAAUCGGUGUUAUUGGUGUAUAACUGUAUUACCCAAGUAGGUAGGUAAUUGUAUCGAAGUAAAUAAAAAAAUACAAUGUAA